GCAGCCGUUUGUCCCUUGGCUCUCGCCGUAGCGGCCGCCGCCCAUCCCUCUUUGUGUGUCUGGGACGCCACGGAUCUGCGGUGGCGACUGUUGCAGAGGGACGAUCCCGGGAAGUUACCGGUCAGAGGAAGCUUUCUCCACCCCGCCACCUGACAGGUCACAACCAUGUCGGACAAAAGUGAAUUAAAAGCUGAGUUGGAACGUAAGAAGCAGCGGUUGGCCCAAAUCAGAGAAGAAAAGAAGAGAAAAGAAGAGGAAAGGAAAAAAAAGGAAACUGAUCAGAAGAAGGAAGCUGCUGUUGCUGUGCAGGAGGAAUCCGAUCUUGAGAAGAAGAGAAGAGAAGCCGAGGCGUUGCUUCAAAGCAUGGGGCUGACUACAGAGUCCCCCAUCGUUCCUCCUCCUAUGUCUCCAUCGUCCAAAUCUGUGAGCACGCCAAGUGAAGCUGGAAGCCAAGAUUCUGGAGAUGGCGCCGUGGGAUCUAGACGAGGACCUAUUAAACUUGGAAUGGCCAAAAUUACUCAAGUUGACUUUCCCCCUCGAGAAAUCGUCACGUAUACGAAGGAGACUCAGACCCCCGUUGCAGCUCAACCCAAAGAAGAUGAGGAGGAGGAAGAUGACGUAACAACUCCUAAACCUCCUGUUGAACCCGAAGAAGAGAAAACCUUAACAAAAGACGAAGAGAAUGAUAGCACAGCUCCCCCUCAUGAACUAACAGAAGAAGAAAAGCAACAAAUUUUACACUCAGAGGAAUUUUUAAGUUUCUUUGACCAUUCUACAAGAAUUGUAGAAAGAGCCCUUUCUGAGCAGAUUAACAUCUUCUUUGACUACAGUGGGAGAGAUUUGGAAGACAAAGAAGGAGAGAUUCAAGCAGGUGCUAAGCUAUCAUUAAAUCGACAGUUUUUUGAUGAGCGUUGGUCAAAGCAUCGGGUUGUUAGCUGUUUGGAUUGGUCAUCCCAGUAUCCAGAGUUGCUUGUGGCUUCCUAUAAUAACAAUGAAGAGGCUCCACAUGAGCCUGAUGGUGUGGCCCUUGUGUGGAAUAUGAAGUACAAAAAGACUACCCCAGAGUAUGUGUUCCACUGCCAGUCAGCUGUAAUGUCUGCUACAUUUGCGAAAUUCCAUCCGAAUCUUGUUGUUGGUGGUACAUAUUCAGGCCAAAUUGUGCUUUGGGAUAACCGCAGCAAUAAAAGAACUCCCGUGCAGAGAACUCCGCUGUCAGCUGCUGCACACACACACCCUGUCUACUGUGUGAAUGUUGUUGGAACACAAAAUGCCCAUAACCUGAUUAGCAUCUCUACCGACGGGAAAAUUUGCUCCUGGAGCUUGGACAUGCUCUCCCACCCGCAGGAUAGCAUGGAGUUGGUUCAUAAACAGUCAAAGGCAGUAGCUGUGACGUCUAUGUCCUUCCCUGUUGGAGAUGUCAACAACUUUGUUGUGGGCAGUGAGGAAGGUUCUGUAUAUACAGCUUGCCGCCAUGGCAGCAAAGCUGGAAUCAGUGAGAUGUUUGAGGGACAUCAGGGACCCAUCACUGGAAUCCACUGUCAUGCGGCCGUCGGAGCAGUAGACUUCUCACAUCUGUUUGUCACUUCGUCAUUUGACUGGACAGUAAAACUUUGGACAACUAAGAAUAACAAGCCCUUGUACGCGUUUGAAGAUAACUCAGACUAUGUUUAUGAUGUUAUGUGGUCACCCACCCACCCAGCCCUGUUUGCCUGUGUGGAUGGCAUGGGGAGACUGGAUCUGUGGAAUCUCAACAAUGACACAGAGGUACCUACUGCUAGCAUCUCUGUGGAAGGAAACCCUGCUCUUAACCGUGUGAGAUGGACCCACUCCGGGAGAGAGAUUGCCGUGGGCGAUUCUGAAGGACAGAUUGUCAUCUAUGAUGUGGGAGAGCAGAUCGCUGUUCCCCGCAGUGAUGAAUGGGCAAGAUUUGGCCGAACACUCGCAGAAAUUAACGCAAAUCGAGCUGAUGCAGAGGAGGAGGCAGCUGCUCGAAUCCCUGCCUAGCCCUGAACAGUGGACUGUAUGCAACCUUAGCAGAUGUGGCAAAGAUGAUUAAGUAGAUCCUAAACUAUUUGCAUGCUUCUGAUUAAAUGAGUAUUAAAAGGAAACUCCCUGGAUAAACUGGGUUUACUGCAGGAAGCAAAGCUUACAAUGCCCCUUUUAUAUUCAUUUUGUUUUGGAUUGGUGUCAUUUUUAAUACUGCUGACGACUUUACAGAAUGCAGCCUUUUCUGGAUUCUAACACAUAGGUAUAUAUUGUUAAUUAUUCUUAUGGGUUCUUUUCAACUUGUAAUACUAUAUAUAAUUAUUACUAAAGCACAGACUAAGUAAGUUCUGCAUAUCUCUAAAUAACCACGAUUCCUUAUCAUGCAGUACAGUACACAAUUCUUCGUCUGUUAUGUCCCCACUGCCUUCACUGUAUAGGAACAUUACUCUUUCUCCCAGCAUGCAUUCACCUACCUGUUUCAAGUUUCAUUUGAUGCCCUUUUCCUUCUCUAUAGUUCUAUGGUAGUUAUCUAUAAAUAAAAAUGAAUAUGUGUUAA